UUUCAACCGUCAACCGUUUUACUUUUAAAUUAAAAAAUAAACGAAAGCGUCCUGUCUGUUAUUAUUGAGUUUAACUAAUUGUGUUCAUAUUUGAAUAAGUGUUUUCUUCAGAUAUUCGUCUUUAAUGAUAAAAAUGGCUUCAGUAGAAGAACGUCUCAAUAAGCUCAGGGAAGAACGGCUCGCCAGAGAAAAAGCUAGGAUUGAAAAGUUGCGGGAACUCAACUUAAAGAAAUAUGGAAAAAAUGAUGUCCAACUGCCGAAAAACUCUUCGACUGUUUCUCUUCCCGUCAAGUCUAAAUCGGACGCAAGUUGCGUUGCGAAAAAUAAUGUAAAUUAUGUUAAAAAUAAUAUACAAUCAAGUGGCCUCAAAAGGCCAUCUUCAAUACCAACUAUAAAAAAGAUUCCACCAAAAGAAUCUAACAAUAAUGGUAAAAAUGUUCAGAGCAACAAUACCAAACUAUAUAAUAAAAUUUCUAAUCAAGUAAAUACCAACAUUAGAAGAGAUAAAAUGACAAAUGUAUCAAAAGUUGAUACUAAAUGUCCAAAAGCAGUAAACAUGAAUGGCAAAGAUGUAAAUGCUGGAAAACCAUUGAAGGAAAUCACUCCGGAAGUAAAUAUUAAACGCUUUAACGAAAUUUGUGAUAAAAACCCAAAAAUAACAAUAACGGAACCAAAAGACACUAACAAGAGUGUUAACAAUAAAGUUAAUCUAAAAAACGAUUUGAAAUCUCGCAAAAGUUUAGCGGCUGUGUCGAAAAACGACAAUAAAUCUAGAAACUUCGAUAAAAGAAAAAGUGUACAGCCAAAUCAGAUGGCUAAUAGCAAUGGUAGAAGGGAAUCUGUUUUUGAUAGACUUUACAAACCAAAAAUGGUCGCACCAAAGGAAACUAUAGACAAUGCUCUCAAGCUGCGUACAGAUCCUAAUUAUUUGAAGAAAGUUAUAAAUGAUUCUAGAUUAAUCAUGAACAAGAGGCAUACUGUCUUCGAAGUUAAACCCACUAUGCCAGUACGUAGAUCGAUAUCAGCGGUACAUUUGAAGAAAAUAAGCAGGAAGGAACUGGGCAACUGCUUUCACAAAUGGGCAUCGAUUGGAGAAAAGAUAGACAAAGUACACCUCAAGGAUGUCAAUGAAGACGAUUGUAUAAAAGGUGAAAAAGUUGUAUCGGCCGUUAAAAGUGAACGGAAAAAAGUUAAAUUUCAAACGCCUAUUCCUUACAACUUUAAUACACCAAAAACGGAAGAACUACAGUCUAAACUGCGAAAUUGGUUGAAGAAACGAGGGAAAGCCAUCGAUUCAUACCAUCAUUUGCAAUGUUUUGGCUUACAUAAUCUUUCAAGGGACAUUAGACCUUUGAAUAUAGACGCACCGAGAUUUGAAGAAUUUGAUGACGACGAUAAAGAGAAUGUCGCGCUGGAUCAUGACAGUGAUAACGAAUCGUAUUUAGAAAACAUGAACAAUAAAAAUGGUGACCUUAACGAAGAGAAGAGUGAGAUUGGAUUUCCGACUGAGAACUGGCGUAGAGCGAGCUACGUCAGCGAUAGCAUUGACUGUAACGAGAGCUAUGAAACUACAUUGACGUCCGGGGAUGUGAUGCAUCACGUCGAUGAACUGCUAUUGGGUGCUUUGAAUGACUUGACCGAAUUAUUGAGAGAGGGUUUCGACUGGGAGCAGUGCGCGCGCUGGCUGCGCGCCAUCCGCGACCGCUUCCCGUCGGCGCCCGACAGCGCGCCCUACUGGGAGUGCCGCGCCGCGCUGGAGGAGCGCCGCGGGGACCUGCCCGCCUCCGUGCAGUGCUGGGAGCAGGCCAUCGCCAAGGGCACCGAGCAAUCCGUGGUUGAAGCGAACUUAGACCAGCUGCUGGACAAGUUCAUGCAGCUCAAGAUAAGUCCGAGUUCAGGGCGACGUCAGGUCGAUCCUAAGCUGGUGGACGUGAAGAAUAUCUUUAAGAGUACGAUCAUACGUUUCGCUGUUCAGCAGGCUAAGUUGCGCCAAUCUAAUGAGCCGCCGAAAUACACCGUGACGCCGGUACGACGUAGUUCCAGGCUAAGUUCGCAUUGGCGCCAGACACCGUUACGAGUGUGUACGACGAUACACCAAGCUUCAGAACUUGGAGCCGACUUCAAACCGAAUAAGGCUUUGACGAAGACCCCUUAGUAGAUUACUCAAGGUACACCGGACGGUCGAUGGUUCUAACCUGGCUCCUAGGGCUCUUGUUGUCUCAACGCCAAAUACAAGUUUAUAGGAUAAUAGAAAAAUUGUUGUUUGUUCGCCUGACUGCCAAAAAAAGUAGUGUAAUAUUUUCAAGGUUCAUCUAUAUACAUUUGUGAGUUAAAUUAUUUCACAAUAACUUUUAUAACUGCCUAUAAGAUUUGGCUGCUUGGACUAGCGUUGAAUAUCGAAAGUCGAUAGACUAUCGAUAGUUACGGUGUUAGAUACAGUAUCGAUAGUCGAUCAAUAGUAUUGUCACGUGUCAGUACUAUCGAUAGUAUUGCAAAAACCAUUAAAUUGAACCCAGAAUAUCGAUAUUUCAAAACUAUCGAUACUCUCGAUAGUAUCAAUAGUAUUGCUAACGGAGAGCUAACGAUAGUAUCGACAGUAUUUUUGAUAUCCUGAAUAGUUUUCGAGGUCAACUAUCGAUAGUUCUGCAACGCUGGCUUGGACUUCCUAAUUCAUUGGCUAUAAAAUCAUUCACACAUUUUGGAAGUUUAAAUUUCUUAAAUAUAAAUUGUAUUAUUUAUUUAAAAAAAUAAAUAAAUAAUGUAAUAGAAAGAGCAACUCGUUCUUAAGUUGUAUUUUUUUCGAAUUAUACUCUUUUAAUGGUCUUCUUUUCUCAGCACUGUCUCUAUUGGUUUAUCGUAUCUUUCUGUCGAGGCUUGUAUUGAAACAUUUUGUUUUAAUAAAAUCAUGUAUUAAUAUCGAUAUAUGUACAUAUUAUGUAUAAUCGUAACGUUUAUAUAAUAGUAUUACAAAGCAUUGUAUUUUCUUGUUAACGUGUUCACUGACCACGUGGUUCUAUUUGACCUCUUUUGACCCCCUCUUGGAAUAAUUGAACUAGGUUUUAUUUGUCAUCUGCCACCUCUAGGUUAGAAAGUAUUUUUUUUCCAUUAAAUUCAGAAGACUUUUGUCCUCUUGCACUAGUACUAGUUCACACGAAAAGAGUAUGUGUGUUCAUUGUAUGUUCUGAAUACUUCUUUGUUAUUAAAAAUCAUUCCAGAUUAACUCGAAGUUUGGUUGUCGUGUCUUUAAGACUUUAAUUUUAUGUGACGAAAUUAAAUGAUAC